CAUGUUACCCACAUUUGAUAAUUCCCCCAACUACCCUUUUCUCUCUCUACAAAUAUUUUUUUUUCCCUUUUUAUUCUCUCUCUAAACAACUAUCUGUCUGUCUCUUCCUCCAAUUCACCCCCUCUCUCUCUCUGUUGUUGCAGCAUCACUAUCCUGUCAUAAUUCUUCUUCUUCUCUCCAUUUCUAAGAAAACUUGUCUUCUUCUCUCACUCUUAACUGUUUCCACAAACACAGUCUAUUUCUCUCUCUAACUGUUUUUUUUUUUUUUUUCUCUCUCUAGCUAAAUUUUUUUUUUUUUUUUUCUCUCUCUAUCUGGCUGCUUCCUAUGGAAGCUGCUACUGAAGAUUGCUGCGUGAAAGUUGCAGUUCACAUCCGUCCGCUUAUCGGCGAUGAGCGGCUUCAAGGCUGUAAGGAUUGUGUCACUGUGGUCUCUGGGAAGCCUCAGGUACAAAUUGGCACACAUUCCUUUACUUUUGAUCAUGUCUAUGGGAAUGCUGGUUCUCCCCCAUCUGCAAUGUUUGACGAGUGCAUUGCUCCACUUGUUGAUGGUUUGUUCCACGGAUAUAAUGCUACUGUUCUUGCUUAUGGUCAGACGGGUUCAGGAAAAACAUAUACAAUGGGUACUAGCUUCAAAGAUGGCUCCCCAACAGGACUAAUUCCUCAAGUUAUGAGUGCUUUGUUCAGCAAGAUUGAAAGUUCGAAGCAUCAAACUGAAUUCCAAUUGCAUGUUUCCUUCAUUGAGAUCCUAAAAGAAGAAGUACGAGAUUUGCUGGAUCCUACUUGUGUGAACAAAUCAGAAACUACAAAUGGGCACACGGGGAAAGUAACUGUACCCGGGAAACCACCAAUACAAAUUCGCGAAACAUCCAAUGGUGUUAUUACACUGGCAGGAUCUACUGAAGUUAAUGUCAGAACACUAAAAGAAAUGGCUGGUUACCUGGAACAAGGAUCCUUGAGCAGGGCAACAGGGAGUACAAACAUGAAUAAUCAGUCAAGUCGCUCACAUGCCAUCUUCACCAUCACACUAGAGCAAAUGCGUAAGCUCAAUCCAGCUUUUCCUUGUGAUGGCAAUCUCAAUGAGAGUAUGACCGAGGAAUAUCUUUGUGCGAAAUUGCAUCUAGUAGAUCUUGCUGGAUCAGAGCGAGCUAAAAGAACGGGCUCGGAUGGUCUGCGUUUUAAGGAAGGAGUUCACAUUAACAAAGGCCUUUUAGCACUUGGUAAUGUGAUCAGUGCACUUGGUGAUGAGAAAAAGCGGAAAGAAGGUUUGCAUGUUCCUUACCGAGACAGUAAACUUACUCGGCUUUUGCAGGAUUCACUUGGUGGUAACAGCAGAACGGUCAUGAUAGCCUGCAUUAGUCCUGCUGAUAUAAAUGCCGAGGAAACUCUCAACACCCUAAAAUACGCAAAUCGUGCUCGCAACAUCCAGAAUAAGCCUGUUGUCAAUAGAGAUCCAUUAUCUAGUGAGAUGUUGAAGAUGCGGCAGCAGUUAGAGUUCUUACAGGCAGAACUUUGUGCUCGUGGUGGAGGAGCUUCAUCUGGUGAAGUACAGGUUCUAAAGGAAAGGAUUGCUUGGCUCGAAGCUACAAAUGAGGAUCUUUGUCGGGAACUUCACGAAUAUCGCAGCAAAUGUGCUGCCACAGAGCAAUGUGAAAUGGAUGAUCAAGUUGUUGACACCUGUUCUGUGAAAAGUGAAGGACUCAAAAGGGGCUUGCAAAGUAUUGACUCAUCUGAUUAUCAAAUGGGUGAAAAUAUAACGGGUGAUUCUGGGGAAAUUGAUGAAGUAGCAAAAGAGUGGGAGCAUACGCUUCUACAAAAUUCUAUGGAUAAAGAAUUAAAUGAGCUAAAUAAACGUUUGGAGCAGAAAGAGUCAGAGAUGAAACUUUUUGGAGGUUAUGACACCAUGGCUCUUAAGCAUCAUUUUGGAAAGAAAAUCAUGGAACUUGAGGAUGAGAAAAGAACUGUUCAGCAAGAGAGGGAUCGUUUGUUGACUGAAGUUGAGAAUCUUUCUGCUAGUUCUGAUGGGCAAACACACAAGUUCCAAGACAUACAUGCCCAGAAAUUAAAAUCACUCGAGGCACAGAUUCAAGAUCUUAAGAAGAAACAAGAGAAUCAGGUUCAGCUUUUAAAGCAAAAACAGAAGAGUGACGAAGCCGCAAAACGUUUGCAAGAUGAAAUACAAUUCAUCAAGGCACAAAAGGUUCAAUUGCAAAAUAAGAUAAAGCAAGAGGCAGAACAAUUUCGACAAUGGAAGGCCUCUCGAGAGAAGGAACUGCUACAGUUACGGAAGGAGGGAAGGAAAAACGAGUAUGAAAGGCAUAAGCUUCAAGCUCUAAAUCAGCGCCAGAAAAUGGUUCUUCAAAGAAAGACAGAAGAGGCUGCAAUGGCCACCAAGAGGCUAAAAGAGUUGCUAGAAGCACGCAAGUCUUCAUCACGUGAGAAUUCAGUAAUUAGCAAUGGGAAUGGAACAAAUGGCCAGAGCAAUGAUAAAUCCUUGCAACAUUGGCUUGAUCAUGAGCUAGAAGUCAUGGUGAAUGUUCAUGAAGUUCGUUAUGAGUAUGAGAAGCAAAGUCAAGUGCGAGCUGCACUGGCUGAAGAGUUAGCUGUGUUGAAGCAAGUUGAUGAAUUUUCUGCGAAGGGGCUAAGCCCACCUAGAGGAAAGAAUGGUUUUUCCAGGGCAUCGUCAAUGUCACCGAAUGCUAGAAUGGCAAGAAUAUCUUCUCUUGAGAACAUGCUAAGCAUUUCAUCAAAUUCACUUGUAGCUAUGGCUUCACAACUUUCAGAGGCCGAAGAACGAGAGCGUGCCUUUAGUAGUCGUGGGCGGUGGAACCAGUUGCGUUCAAUGGGAGAUGCAAAAAGCUUGCUUCAAUAUAUGUUCAAUUCUGUUGCAGAUACAAGGUGUCAGUUAUGGGAGAAAGAAAUUGAAGUCAAGGAAAUAAAAGAGCAACUGAAAGAACUGGUAGGUUUAUUACGACAGAGUGAAGCACGAAGAAAGGAAGUUGAGAAGGAGCUAAAAGUGAGAGAGCAAGCUGUCGCAAUUGCAUUGGCUACAUCAGCUUCGACUGGAAAUGAGCAGGGGGGCUCUCAUAAUUCAUUAAAACACUUCGCCGAUGAUAUGAGCGGUCCCUUGUCUCCAAUAUCUGUGCCGGCCCAGAAACAGCUCAAAUAUACAGCAGGCAUUGCUAAUGGUUCAGUGAGAGACUCGGCAGCCUUUGUAGAUCAGACACGGAAGAUGGUGCCAAUGGGGCAGUUGUCAAUGAAGAAAUUAGCGGCUGUGGGGCAAGCUGGGAAGCUAUGGAGGUGGAAGAGAAGUCAUCAUCAGUGGUUGUUACAGUUUAAAUGGAAGUGGCAGAAACCAUGGAAACUCUCGGAAUGGAUUAGGCACAGUGAUGAAACAAUCAUGAAGGCAAGGCCUCGUCCACAAGCUCUGACGAAUGUGUUGUAUCAGAGUCAUUAGCUUACUUGUUGCUCCUGUAUAUUCAUCUUCAACCCACAUAGGACCGACCCCAAAUACAUGGCCGGGGGAAGAACAUAUAAGCAAUUACAGUCUGCAGUUUGAGAGGAUGUUGGGAUUUCUGCUGAUAGCCGUCUUGGACGAAUUGGAUUUUGGGGUAAAAUAGGUUUGUAAUCCUGGAGUUCUGUAGCGGUGGGUACUGCACUGGGAGCAUCUUGUAAAGUAGUGUGAUGCAACCGGUGGGUCACCCGAGUAGUCACAAAGAAAAUGUUAGAAUCAGAAGGUGCAAGUAGUGACACAUUGAUCAAAGAAGAUCAUGCUUGUGAAUGGGUGGUGGUGUUCGGUGUUCUGGUAUAUACACAUCUGCCAAUAACAACAAACUACUUCGAUGGAGGAGACACUUUCAUCAGGUCAUAGUAGUGUGUAUCUAAAGGUCUUUUCUGAUUGUUUCUUUUUUCUUUUUUUCUUUUUCUUUUCCUUUCUUCAUUAAUUUUUUAUGGUGUUUUAUUGUGUGAGAGCACAAUAUUGAUUUUGUUGAAAGAACUGAAUUCUGCAGAAAAUUUUAUUAUAGCAGAAGUGUAAUUUUUUUAA